AUGAUGCAGAAGCUGUCGCCCUUCGUACACUUAUACGAACCCAUAUCGUCCGUUAAAGGCCAGCAUACGGACCUAGAAGCUCCAAAGCUCAUUUUGGUUGCGUCGUGGAUGGAUGCGCAAGAUUUACACAUUUCCAAGUACAUCACGAAGUACCAGUCCAUCUAUCCCACAUCAAAAAUCUUACUAGUCAAAUUUGUCUUAAGGGAAUCAAUAUUUGCAUCAUCUACACGAAAAGUCGUUGAUCCCGCCCUUGUUUAUCUUCGAUCUCUCAUCAAUUCAGGGGUCCUAUCGCUGUCACCGCCGCGACCUGAAAUCCUUGUGCAUAUUUUCUCAAAUGGCGGCUCGGCCACUACGCGAACAUUGUAUCAACUGUUCCGAGAUCAAACCGGUUGCGCCUUUCCCCUUCACGUGGCGGUGUAUGAUUCAUGUCCGGGGUUAUAUUCAUUUUCGUCCGUAUAUAGUGUCUUCAUGGUCAACUUCUCAGCCUUCCUCACUCGCUUGAUUGCGGCUCCGUUUAUCACCGCAAUCGUCGCCUGGUUUUGGAUUUGGUACCGUCCCUUCAAAAUGCUCUCGGGAGAGGAUUUCCUUUCAGCCAAUCAAAGGGUACAUAACGACAUGAAUCUGGUCAAGCAGACAAACCGGUCGUAUGUCUACGGUAAAGCCGAUAUCAUGGUUGAUUGGAGACACGUAGAAAGGCAUGCAGACCAGGCCGCGGCAAAGGGACUAGCAGUACGAAGAGAGGUGUUUGAACGUAGCCCACACGUAUCACACAUGAGGACAGACGGCGACCGGUACUGGAAGAUCGUCAAUGAGACCUGGAAGAAGGGCACGACACGACAGUAG